GCAGCAACACCCAAUUCUCAAUAAAACACUCCCACGCUGCUAAAAUGGCUCCCACGAUAUCUCUCACCGAAGACGCCAUCGAUGAUCUCCUCUACCUCGCCCGCGUGAACGAAACCGCAGAACUAUCCUCCUACCUCUCCGAAUUAUGCGCCCAACACCAUGCUUCCGCAGCCAGUAUACUAGAAGCGGCAGUAGAUGAAGCAUCUGGGAAUACUUCACUUCACUACGCGGCUGCCAAUGGGCAUCUAGAUACCCUCAAACUCCUCAUUACCUCCGAGUCUCCUGCUGCCGCCCCAACCAAGGAAGGCCCAAUUCCAACACCACCAAACCUCAACUCUCCCAACGCUGCUGGCAACACAGCCCUUCACUGGGCCGCGCUGAACGGACAUCUCGAAUGCGUCAAGCACCUAGUAGCCCUUGGCGCGGAUGUCAGCGUGCUCAACAAAGCAGGCCACGACGCAGUCUUCGAAGCCGAACUAAAUGGGAAAGAAGACGUAGUGGCAUGGCUGCUUGUGGAAGGCGAGGGACUCGAAGAGGGACUGGGCGGUGAAGAGAAAGAUGAGAACGACGACGGAACUGUAGCAGAGGUCAACAAGAAGCUCGGUGAGAUGGAGGUCAAAGACGGGGAAAAGCUUGGUGGCUGAACUGGCGUGAAAGUGGGCUAAACGUUUGUUAAUGGAUUCGAUGCAUUUGAUUGCUGUGGCGAGUGAGUCAAUUCAUGGCAUGAAACGCAGGAAGAGGGUCGAUACACCAGUUACUCCGUUAACAUGUGAGACUGUUUCCUGGAUGUUCCCUCAAUUGUUGCUGACCACGGCGAUCUAUCAGAUGACGUUUCUUCGAGCCUAGAUCUGUGCAAGGACGUGCUAGAUCUUCUGGAGUAUCUGCCC